UAAUUUUACUAAUUUUAGACCCUCCCCACCUCUCUCUCUCUCUCUCUCUCUCUCUCUCUCUGCAUAGAUCUCCAAAUCCCCAUUGGAGACGAAGAGGAGCUCCUCCCAUUGUAGCAUCCCCCCAGUUCCUCCGGAUCCAGCAAGCAUCCCAAAUAGGCUUAAGAUGUCUGUGAGCUUCAAAUAUUGGGAUGACUGCGUGGAUCCGGAGGACAUGCGAUCUAUGUGGAUGAAUGCUGCCGUCAGCAAGGAAUGGAUCGACGCGGGAGAAAGAAUGGGUCAGAAAGUUCACCUCUCGAGGGACCCGGACGGGGAGCCCUAUCUUACUCAAACAGAAAUGAGGGCUGUGGCUGAAAUUAUUGUCCAAAGACAUUUCAAUUCACAGCUAGACCCGGAUAUGCUAUGUGCUGUUGCUGAAAUUGCAAGCAACAGAAUACUUUUAAUUGAGAAUUAUGAUAAGAAGAAAAAGGAGAGAACGGCUGGUCUCAUGCAGAUUGCCCCCGAAGUCGCAGAAUGGCUUGCUAGGGAAAUGGGGUACAGAAAUUACGAAGUAGAGGGCGAUCCAAUGUUGCUGUACAAGCCUUUUGUGAAUGUGUACUUCGGUGCUGCUUACAUAAAAUGGCUGUCCUCUUCUGAUGGAAAAGAAAGAAGCGAAGAAUUUGUUAUCAGAGCUUAUAGAGGAGGCAUAAAGAAGGCUACUCACAAAUCGACAGCAGAUUAUUUCCAAAGAUAUCUAUCAGUCAGAGACAGUUUACUUGCUAAGAGAGCAGAAGAAAUUUAUGACGAUAAUCCAUUAGCAUCUGACGGUCUAAGGGCUCGUAUGCUAAAGGCAGGUGAAGAAUGCACAUUCUGGGACUCGGCAGUAUCUGCAGAAGACAUGGAAGAAAUGUGGAAGCAUCCUGAUGUUCUAAAGGAGUGGGCAAAAUCCGGCGAAAGGCGUGGGAGAGUUCGUUUCUCCCACGACUCAGAGAAGAGGCCAUAUCUUUCUCGAGUUGAGGUGAAGGCAGUUGCUGAAAUUAUCAUUUCACGGCACUUCAGUUCAAGAGGAGUAAAACCUACAGCUCUAGCUGCGCUUGCCGAGGUAUGCAGUAUGAGGUUUGUUAACGGAAUACGCUCACGGACCGGCUUAAUGGGAAUUGACUAUCCUACUGCUCUCUGGCUUUACAAGGACGUCGGUUGUAGGGCAUAUAAAGUCACUUCGGUGGAUGAUCUGUACAACCCGUUCGUAUCCAUGUACUUUGGCGCGGCCUACUUGGCGUGGCUUUCCGAGUACGAGGGGAGGGAGAGGAGCCACGAAUUCAUCGUUCAAGCUUAUCUCGGCGGCCCUGAAAACGUCAACCUUCAGGAGACCGGCCCGCUGUGGAACAAAUUUCAAGAAGCAUUGAGUAAUUACGGAGAUUCGAAAAAGGAUCAAGGGAGUUGCUGCAUUCUUUGAGGCGCAUCUGCUUCCGGUCUCGCAUUGAUUUUCCUCUCAACAAGCUUAGGCUUCUUUUCGCAUCCAGGGAUGUUUGGUCGAGGAUCAGAAUACAAGCGCGUGGGUAUUCUUUGUCGUCGUCGUUGAACGUGUUCUAUCGAGUUCGUCUAUCUCUUGUAAGUGCUUUAAAAUGCGUAAUUCUCAUUGUUACCAUAAAUUUAUGAAAGUGAGAGAGUAAAAACAGUGAGAUAUCCUGGAUAUCUUUAACACUAAAACUAUGGUAUAUAUUUUUUGGGCAAUGUUAUGUACAUUUAUGUACUAUAAACCCUCUCAAUUAUAGGCUUUUUUCUUCUUUUCAUAA